GAAAACAGUAAUUUAAGAAUAAAAUGGUCCAACUAAAGCAGGUUUCUCUGCGACUUAAGUCAAUAAAAAAUAUUCAAAAAAUCACCAAAACCAUGAAGAUGGUCUCCGCAAGCAAAUUUACAAGAGCAGAGCGGGAACUCCAAGCGGCGCGUCCUUUCGGUUAUGGGCCCCGGAAGUUUUACGAGUCGAGCCAUUUGGUGAAAGGUCCCGUAGACAAGAAACCAGCUGAAGAUGCUAAGACUGAACCGGAGGCCGUCAAACCCGAGGAUGAUAAAAAGACAAAAAGAGUCUAUGUCGCCAUGACGUCGGAUCGAGGUCUUUGCGGCGGCGUGCACAGUGGAGUGGCGCGGCGCAUCAGGCGGGAUUUGGCGGCACGGAAAGCUGAAGGCGCCACGCACAAAUUGGUCUGUGUAGGCGAUAAAUCCCGAGGAGUCCUCCGUAGGAACUAUGCCGAAAACAUGCUCAUUAAUGUUAAAGAUAUCGGGCGCAUAGCGCCGGUGUUCGCAGACGCGUCUGUGAUAGCCGCAGCCAUCGCGGAAUCGAAAUAUGGCUACGACGUCGGAGAAGUCUACUAUAACAAGUACUUCAGUCCCGUCAAGUACGAGUUGACAAUCGUUCCCUUCUUCAACAAACUUCGCAUUGAGAACGCUCCGAACAUGUCUGCCUUCGACGAUGUCGACGAAGACCAGUUAGAGAGUUACGCGGAAUGGACGUUGGCGGCGUUGCUGUAUUACGCUCUGAAGCAAGGCGCUGCUUCGGAACAGUCAGCGCGGAUGGCUGCCAUGGAUAACGCCACUAAAAACGCUGAAGAGAUGAUCCGAAAACUGACUCUGCUAUUCAAUCGCACCCGACAGGCCGUCAUCACAAGGGAGCUUAUUGAAAUCAUCUCCGGGGCUGCCGCACUCACAUAAACCACACCUUAGCGUAAGAAACGACGACACACUUCCUCCGUAUUGGCAGAUGUGCAGUUCCGAAACAGUUCGCCCCAACAUUCAUUUAAUAUUGUAAUUUCAUAAGCUUGUUUUUAUUAUUGGUAAAAUGAUAAACAAUUGUCAUCGUCUAUUGUGGUACUGUUGCAGCGAUAAAACGUAUACAAUAAAGAUAUUUGGAUUGUUUUA